AUGACCACUAAUUUCCGAUCUCAGCAGCGUAACCAGCACGCCUCAGCAGCGUACCCACAGCAGCGUAACCAGCAACGGCCUCAGCAGCGUAACCAGCAACGCAACCAGUACGAAGACCCGGACGAGCAACAUCUCGUAGAGAGGGUCGUCCGCAUAUCUCGCGUCGCCAAGGUUGUCAAGGGCGGACGCCACCUGAGCUUCAACGCCGUAGUGGUGGUUGGAGACGAACAGGGCAGCGUUGGCGUAGGCAUGGGCAAGGCGGACGCCGUGCCCGACGCCGUCAGGAAGGGUGCGGUCAAAGCUCGAAGCAAUAUGAUUGAGGUGCCCCUCAAAGGCUCGACAAUCCCGCACGACAUCGUUUCGAAGUUCGGCGGGUCGGUGGUCAUGCUCAAACCGGCAGCUCCCGGCACCGGCGUCAUAGCCGGUGGCGCGGUCCGAGCGGUCGUCGAGCUCGCCGGCGUGCGCGACAUUCUCACAAAGUCGUCUCGACGCAGCAACAACCCCGUGAACGUCGUCAAGGCGACUUUCGAAGGCUUGAAGAAGAUGAGACUUCCCGAGGUUGAGAUCGCCAAGCGCAGACAGUUCGUCGAGGAAGUCAAGGAGCGGAAGCGUGUAGCCACCGCUCGCGCCGAGGCCCGACAGGCCGAGGCGGCUGCGGCGGCAGCGGCGACAGCAGCCACUUCUGAACAAGCCUAA